AUGUCUAAUCUAUCUAUCUAUCUAUCUAUCUAUCUAUCUAUCUAUCUAUCUAUCUAUCUAUCUAUCUCAGUCUGUUCAUUAUCUAUCUAUCUAUCUAUCUAUCUAUCUAUCUAUCUAUCUAUCUCAGUCUAUUCAUUAUCUAUCAUUAUCAUCUAUCUAUCUAUCUAUCUAUCUAUCUAUCUAUCUAUCUAUCUCUGUUCAUUAUCUAUCUAUCUAUCUAUCUAUCUAUCUAUCUAUCUAUCUAUCUAUCUAUCUCAGUCUAUUCAUUAUCUAUCUAUCUAUCUAUCUAUCUAUCUAUCUAUCUAUCUAUCUAUCUAUCUAUCUCAGUCUGUUCAUUAUCUAUCUAUCUAUCUAUCUAUCUAUCUAUCUAUCUAUCUAUCUAUCAGUACCGGGUACAAGUGGAUUUCCAUGGCGAAUAUGGACGCAUACUACUGUUUGCUGAUAUUAGUCAAUACUUUAAUCAUUAAGGUUGCCGUUCAAGCAGUUGAGGACACACCUGAAUUUAAAUGUUAUGUCUGUUCGGUAACAGCCAAGCGGUAUCGCCUGAAUGCACUCGAUCCCUGUAUUUUCAAUACAACCGCAUUGUUUCCAGUGGAGUGUGCACCUACACAGAAAUACUGCCAGGUGAAAACAACUGUCAGGUACGACCAAAUUAUCAGUUUAGAACGGAAAUGCGCCAGUUCCUGUCAAAAUGGUUGUUUAAGGUACACAUUUGCAAAAUGGAAGGUAAUGUGCACUGACUGUUGUAACCAAUCAGAAUGCAACGUGUAUGGAGGCGUAUCCAGAUAUGACGGCAACUAUUGGUUAAUUAUUACGAUGCUCCUUUUCCAUAUCGUGGUAUGUUUCGCGUUUGACGCCAUUGUCGGUAGGUUUUAUUCAAAAUAA